GGCUUUCUUCUUCCUCCGUCUGUUUUGUGUUGCAGAACAUGGGAAUCAGCUGAAAAACGCGCUCUUUGAACUUACGAUGGAGCCGUCCUUGCCCGCCGUGUUUACCCAAAGGCACUAUGUAGGCGGCUACGACCGGACUCUGAAGGCACACUGUGAAGGAGCAUUUCUUAAGCUGCUUGAACAGAACAGGCAAAAAAAGGAGCCUUCAUAUGAUUAUGAUCUGAUUGUCAUUGGAGGAGGUUCUGGUGGACUGGCAGCGUCAAAGGAAGCAGCCAAACUUGGAAAGAAUGUACUGGUUCUGGAUUUUGUCGUCCCUACUCCAUUAGGAACAAGAUGGGGUCUUGGAGGAACUUGUGUAAAUGUAGGCUGCAUCCCUAAAAAGCUGAUGCACCAGACAGCUUUGCUUGGUCAAGCCAUAAAAGAUGCACCCACAUUUGGGUGGCAGCUGGAUGACAAAACCAUACAGCACAGCUGGAGCUCUUUGACAGAAGCCGUUCAGAAUUACAUUGGCUCUCUGAAUUGGGGAUAUAGAGUGUCCCUCCGAGAGAAUAAUGUCACAUAUGAAAAUGCUUAUGGAGAGUUCAUUGGGCCACACAGAAUUAAGACCACAAAUAACAAAGGGGUACAGAAAAUUCACACCGCAGAAAGAUUUCUGAUUGCCACUGGAGAAAGGCCUCACUAUCUGAACAUUCCAGGAGACAGAGAGUAUUGCAUCACCAGUGAUGACCUCUUCUCGCUGCCCUACUGCCCAGGAAAGACAUUGGUGAUUGGUGCUUCCUAUGUUGCUCUUGAAUGCGCAGGGUUUCUUGCUGGACUAGGUUUAGAUGUGACUGUCAUGGUGCGUUCCAUCCUCCUGAGAGGCUUUGAUCAGGAUAUGGCAAAUAAAAUAGGAGAGUACAUGGAAGAACAUGGUAUAAAGUUCCUCAGAAAAUAUGUGCCUGUUAAGAUUAAACAGAUUAAGGAAGGGACUCCUGGACUGCUAAAAGUUACAGCUCAUUCUGCAGAGUACUCUGAAAUAAUUGAAGAAUACAACACAGUGUUGCUAGCAAUAGGAAGAGAUGCCUGUACAAGAAAAAUUGGUCUACAGACCGUUGGAGUGAAGAUCAAUGAAAAAACAGGAAAAAUCCCUGUCAAUGAUGAGGAACAAACAAAUGUGCCUUAUAUCUAUGCUAUUGGAGAUGUCCUGGAAGGCAAACCAGAACUCACCCCAGUGGCAAUUCAGGCGGGCAGGUUGUUAGCGAGGAGGCUUUAUGGUGGAGCAGAUACAAAGUGUGAUUAUAUAAAUAUCCCCACCACUGUAUUCACUCCUUUGGAAUAUGGAGCCUGUGGUUACUCAGAAGAAAAAGCAACUGAAAGAUUUGGCAAUGAUAAUAUUGAGGUUUAUCACAGUUACUUCUGGCCACUGGAAUGGGCAGUCCCAUCGCGGGACAACAACAAAUGCUAUGCAAAAAUUAUUUGCAAUAUUGCAGAUAAGGAGCGUGUUAUUGGUUUUCAUGUGCUUGGUCCCAGUGCUGGAGAGAUUACCCAGGGAUUUGCAGCGGCCAUGAAAUGUGGAAUGACAAAAGAACAGUUGGACGGCACAAUAGGAAUUCAUCCAGUCUGUGCAGAGAUAUUCACCACAUUGUCAGUGACAAAGCGUUCAGAUGGAAACAUUCUUCAGUCUGGAUGCUGAGGUUAAACUCACCCGCUGUUUGCCAUUGCCAAAGACGGACUUUCAUCACUGUCGCAACUUUCAGAAGGCAGCAGCUGGGAAGUAAGAGCCAUUAAGACCUGCUUUCCUCCUUGCUCAGCCAGCUUUAUUGCAGAGGGGCAGGUGAAGAACAGUGGAAGCUGCAAAUUAGUUGUGAUGAUUGCAUGGCAAUUGGCAUGACAGCGGGGUGGGCCCACGAUCAAGAUGCUGCUGGCAAGGCAUUGGCAAGAUGCUUCCAUGAAGUCAUAGCCUAAAACCAGUGUUUUCUGGUAGGCAAUGACAGAACAAUUGCCAGCACAGCUUGAAACUAACUCUGUCUCUCAUUGGAAUGAAGAGACUUAUCUUCACUUUCAGAAUUUUUAUAGAACCUCCCAGAGCUUCAGCAAUGCAAAUCUCCCUGGAUUUCUACAGAAACAAGUGACCAAGUUCUGAAGGAACAACUGUGUUUCUAACAUUAAACAGCAGAUCAUUGAGCCCUCCCAAAUUCUGUAAAAUUGAAAGAGGUACUGUAUCACUGUUAUUCCUGUUUAGAAACUCUACUGCAUCUCUGAUGUCAGUUACACUGAGUCACUCCUCAGGAGAAAUGCUCCCCCCCAUCACCAAAGCAAACCAUCUGUGAAUUAUUUAUAUAAAAGAUUAUAUAGAAAGACAUCAAUAAAUGUGUUCCUGAAAA